AUGGGGACAAUCCACCCACCGGCUGUAGGCUAGUGAGUCAGAGCUCAACAGAACGCAUUGACCACAGUUUAGUGUAACUUCCUUAUAACUGACUUGACUGUUUACUGCACCCACGGUAGCCUACCCGCUUAUUGUUUAGUUUAGUUUAAUUCUGUAAAUAUCGCAACGUACUGUAGCGUUGUUUCCGUAGGGGAUAACGAAACCGACCGAGAGGCCAAAGUUCGACAGACGUGACAAAUGAUAGUGUGGAACAUGCUGCAGCUCUAUUCGCCAAAUGGAAUGGACUACCUACUUAUGUAGCCUACACGAGAACACGAUCUGUUAGGCUAGGUAGUUGUGAAUAAUCGAGAAAAUGACAUUCGUGAUGAACGGGAAAAUGGACUGGUUGUAUCAGCGAUGCCACAGGGAAUCUAUUAAUCAGUCUUUCUUCCGUCCUGGAUUUUUAAUAAUAUGUUUGGGGAUGCUGCUGACCCUUGUCAUGUACCCUGCACUAAGGACUCUGGGUUUUCAGCUACACUCAGCACUAACUGGGAGCUACAUGUCAGGGCAUCACUCAGUGAUCCUCAUCAACUGUCCCAACGAGCAAGCUGCAAAGGACAUAAGCAGAGCCAUAAUGGAGAGAAGACUGGCUGCAUGUGUCAACAUAUUCCCCAAGAGCUACACCAUGUACUACUGGAAGGGUGAAAUACAGGAUGCCACAGAAAUUCUGCUGAUGGCAAAGACAAGGACUUCCAAAAUCCAGAGGCUUAAAGACUUUGUGAAGUCUAUUCACCCAUAUGACGUUCCUGAGAUUUUGAGUUUCCCUGUGGAGGACGGGAGUCUAUCGUACAUGAAGUGGAUAGAUGAUGCUGUCCCAGAUGACUGACCUUGCACGGCUUAAUUUGGAGCUCUGGGCUUAGGGUGUGACUGAUUUAGGGCCCCAAAGGUCCCACUCAUGAAGGUGGAUCAUAAAUCUGAGGUCUACCAUAACAGUAGUUUCAAUUUGAUGAAAAAGGUUAAACCAUCCCCGGAAAGUUUUUAGGGUAUUAUGCAUUUUGGUUGGGUGAAUAUUGUAAUAUUUUUCCAGUCCACAGGCUAGUGAUGUUUGUUGCAUGCAUUUCAGCCUGUAUUUUCAAUCAAUGCAUCCAUUAUCAUGGCUCUAAGACUCAAAACUGUCCAUUACUAAUACUAAUUCUAAUUUACGUAGUGUUUCUGUAAUUUUAUUAAUUAUAUUUUAUGAUAAACAAAUAUGGUCAUACAUAGGCAAAACAUUUUCUUUUAUGAAGACAGCUAAACAAAACAUUCAUAUAUUGAUUUUACUAAUUAUUUACUAAGUCCAUGAAGCCAAAGAAAGUUCAAGAUUAAGCUUCCGAGGUAUCCAUGACAAGCACUGAAACAAACUGUGAAAUAUUGGCCAAGACUCCUGACAAUUUCAGGCGCUGGGUUCGGGUUCUUGCAGUGCUGCCUGCCAGCAUUUCCACUGAGGUUAUCCAUUGUGCAGCUGGAAAAUUUGUCAGAUUAGUGGCGAAUUAAGCAGUCACCCUCCCACCUCAUCUCUCUGGGAACAUGUCUGACAGCACAUAAUCCUCAGGGCAGAUGGGUGAAAUAGUUUGCACUGCAAUGGAUGAACUUGCUAUAAUUCUACACUGAAUAGAUAGGAAUGCUGUGUAUUUACAUGUAUUUUUCCUUUUUGUUUUCCAUACCUUAUAUUUACAUGAUUUUAUUAAAGGUACAGAUUUCAUUUCUAAAGAACGUAUUUAUUGACCUUUGUAUUACUAGCAUCAAUUUUACAGGUUUAACUGGUAAGUAACCAAAGACAUUGAAUGAGUACAAAAUAAAAAAGCAUUUUAGGGAGUCCCAUGGUGGUUUAGCAUGGCAAUGCUGAUUUAUUACCUACACUUGAGACAUUCAUACUUUUUAAAUAUCUGACAUACAUAUUCAGCUAUAUUUAGUUUGCAAUACUGAAUCACUUUACUGGUGAGAGUACAGCCAGAGGAGGGGGUGCGUUGGAGACCUUUCUUGUGUGUUAGUGGUUGAGUGUGAAGGCUGGCUGCCCUUCGCCACAGGGGUUGCUCUAUGUGAAUCUGUUAUCCAGAGGCAGAAAUUGGGAAGCUAACUGCAUUUACACAAAUAAAGCCACACAUGUUCUGCAAGCACAGACUGGCUUGAAGAAACCAGAUCCAGUAGCUCAAGGCGCACAAAAAGUUUGGUGGUAAAUAUUUACUCUACUCUGAUCCAAUAAACCUUGUACAAGCAUGCACUGUUUAUUCACAGGGAGGGUUUCAGGGAUGGGGAGUUGGUUACCUCAAGGCUUAAGGACACAGACAUGCAUUCCAUUAACAUCAGGUUAAUGGAUAAUAACUUGGAAAUCCUAUUUUGAGUAUCAGUCACGCUGUUCCCUUCAAAGUGGAAUGACUCAAGUUAACAGUUAACAGGUUAGCAAGUGUUUAACUACAAACCUUUUUUCAAGGCAUGUCGAAAAGAACAAUUUUACUCAGUGAGUAUUCCUUGUAUUUUAAUUCCAUUCCACAAAUGGAAAACAUUUUCAUGAUUUUGACUAUCUAACAUGAAUCUAAACAAAUUUACUGUCAAAUGACUAAACAAAAAAUGUAUUACUUUGACAACCUACCUUAAAACCUGUUUUUUCCUGAAAUAACAUUUGCAUUUGCAAAUGUGAUAGCUCAGUCCUUCACAAAUGGCAUCAUGUGGUCUGAUGUACUAGAUAAGGAAUUGCAGUUGCCGAAUGAUGCAAUGAAUUGGAGACAGACACAAUUCAUUACAAUGCUGGAUAUUUUAAACUGGGCAGAACAAGAGUGGGGCUAUGCAAACUGCUGAUGCAUGAGCUCUGGCUUGGCUUACAGGGCUGUGCACUUUCUCUGCAAAUACUUUGCUUGGUGUGCACUAAACAGGGCUCAGCUGAUUUAUGAAUCAAUACCCAGUGUCAAACAGACAAGUUUAUUUCAGGAAUUAAAAUAGGAAUGGACAGAACAGAGUGACAGAAAUUAAGACUGGUCUGGAAGAUUGAAUCGAACUCUGAAUCUGAAGGUUGUGGCUCAACGCGAUCAUUCAAGCCAGGCAUCCUGUGAGAUUAAACCGGUCUGACAACUGGCCAGUUGGGCGAACCCUUUUCCAACAUCCUCUGUCUUAGGACACAACAAUGGGCGCACAAAGAAAUGUGCAGACACAUACAAGAGCGUUUGUUCACGAGACUCUGCAGCCACAGAACCCUGCUGAUAGGAGGGGCCCAGCCACGCUGAAUGAACUCCAGUACGGAGGUGGUGUGGCGUGCUUCACCGUUCAGUCUGUGCAGCACUCAGUAAUGAGCUCAGCGCCGGCAGUGGCAGAUUCCUGGACUGGCCCAUGAAUGUGCUAAGGUCUUUUAUUGAAUGUCUUGCGAUAGGCAAAACACAAAAGUCUAAUGUAACAACCUCUAUGCAAUCUCUUGAACAAAAAUCAGCAUGAGAAAAGUAAGCCGUAUUUUUAAUUGUUCCUACAUUUGAAAUCUUGGCAAGUAAAGAAUGUGUAAGAAAGAUAUUUGGGACAGCCUAUUAAUAGAAUCAUAAAGAUACCACAGGUAUUAUUCAUAGAUCUAAGGAGGGCAUAUAACGCAGUGUAGCAUGGGAGACUUUAAUAGAUGGGUUAACUAAAUCAAUGUAUUCCUGAAAUAUCCUGAUAUUUAUCCAGGAAUUUGAUUACCAUUACAAACACCAGAUUUUUUUUAAAUGCUCAGAAUUGUCUUAUAUGUAGCACAAUAAUUCAGUGGUGUCCUGUGACUCACUUUUCUAUGCCUCUUCAUAGGCACACUUCUCUGCUGCUGUCCACUGCUGUAUAAACGCACCUAAUACUGACAUUAGUGCCUUUAACUUUUACCCAUAUGGGGUGCCUAACAGUCACCCAAUCUAACCUGCACCUUAUUUAUACCUAAACCUUGAGGAGUAUUACAUUGCUGCAGGUUAUGAUGCAAAGUUAUAUUGUGGUGCCCCCUGCUGGCCACCUGAACCUUCUGGUGCAUUCUGUAGUGGCACUUGUUGCACCCAAACUUCAGUUUCUUCCUUGUGGGUCAUUGUACUGUAGUUUGAAUUAUUUUUGUGGAACAAAGCUAACCUUUAUUUCUGGGGUGUUCUGGAUGAAUGGCAGGGAUAUACUACAGUUAGUGUUCUAAAUUAAAUCAAUACCUUCAAAGGUCAUACAAACAUUCAAUAUCUAACUCAAUAUUAAACAAAAUAGAGGCAAGUCCAAUCACUGAUAUGUAAUUUAAACUCUGGAAAGUUAAAAAAAGUCAAAAGCAUACAGAAACAAAUAUCAGAUACUGCAUUUCUAAAACACUAUUUCAGGGCUAUACUACUAGAACAAUGCAAUACAUGUGUGCUACACCUGACCUCCUAAACAGUGAUUCCACUUAUGCAAGUAUUAUUUGUAUAUGAAUGUACUGCAUGACAAAUUGUGUACCGUGUGGUAUGCGUGACCUAUGUGGCCACUCUUGUUCCUUAAUAAUUUCUGUCCCCACUCAUCUAUUUUUAUGCAAGUACUGUAAAUAUGUCACUGUCAUCCUGUGUGCUCAUUAAAAUGUAUAUCAAGCCAAAA